AUGCCUUCGCAACGGCCUACGGUCCUCCGUCCAAGCUGGGAAACAAUCCCAUCGAUUUUCUCCACGGUCAAGUCAUACACCUCGAUAAUAGAGUGGUUCUACUACUUAACCUAUAUCUCGCACAUAAUAUGCAAAUCCGAGUCAGCACAUAUCGCCAAAGCCAACCUUAUAUCUUUACUGCGCGCUCGUCCGGCAAUUCAGAUGUGGCACGAAGCACUCCUCUCCGAGAUGUACGACGAGGACGAACCCAAUCUCCCAUCAAUGCUGGACGGGACAAAUUUCUUGAGACCGUCGGUACAAAGAUUCUAUGAACAUACCACGCAGAGGUUCGGGCUCAUGACAAGGGCGGAUGUCUUUGUUGCGCGGUGCGUGGUCGUAGAUUUCAUUUACAGGAAUCUAGACGAUGCACAAAGAGCUGCUGAAGCGGCCCAAGAGGCGAGACGAAGGAAUUUGUUACAAGAACAGGGAAGAUUAGUACAACAACAGCAAAAGGCCCGAGAAAACUCACUAGCUGUGCAUCUCCGCUUCGGAAGCCCGAGAAAGGAUGCGCCGCCUGUCGGUCAGAUCGGGGUAAAUGAUCUCGCUGCCCUCUUAGAUGCGAUCUCGUUGCAUAUUUCUCCUGAGCUACCCGUUCAGGCUGAGCCCGUACUUUUCACAUUACUAGUACCCAAGGAGAAACCUUCUUGGGUAAAUGGUCUUGCCCGCAGUCUGUCCCAGCUGAUGUCAAGGCCUACGAGGCUUAGUCGCCACGAGUCGUACAUAGUAAUCGCCGUCAACUACAACAGCUAUCAUCUCGCAUCAGAAAUAUAUGCUAGAGAGUCGAACAGCUACAUCAAUCAGGUGUUGGAUUUGAUGAAUCGAUUUGCACUUACGGAAGGUGCGAGGCCAGCAGAUGCGAAUGCCGCGAAGCGUAAGGUCAUGCGAUGUUUGGAGAUAGUGAUUGAGAGCCAACAGCAGAUGACCAGGGCUGUUGGUGAUCUAGCUGCGGAGAUGGCUAGCAUGGCUGUUUGA